UUCGUAAACCGAAUCCAUGGCUUAGAUGAUGCAUCAAUGCAAUCUCCUAAAUAUACAUCUGUCCGAUAAAGACUAAAACAGAAACUCGAGAGAAUUAUUCUGCUUUUAGUACACGAAUUAUAGCGAAGGUCAAGUAUGAAAAUAACAUGAAGGACUUCAAAUAAACGUGGGCUUCCAUUGUCUUUGUUAAAUACUUAAUUUAUUGUAAAUAACUAACGUAAGCAUUUUGAAAACUUUAUACAGUUGAAUUUUACGCUUAUUAUUAUCGUUUCUUCCCAGCAUUCCUUGUUUAAAACGUAAACUUAACGUAGUGUUGAGUCGUCAUUGAUGAUCAAAAAUGUGUAAACACCAAUUUCUUCUUUUUUGAUUCGCUGGUACAUAAUAUGAAUUUUUGCUCUGUAUGUACCUGUAUCUAUAAAGCUACAUUAGGGAUUAAUUGAACCUACGCACUAUUCACAGGACACUUAACGAUUACGAUACAUUGUAACCACAUUGCCAGUAUUGUCACCCACGUAAUAAUCAAAAUGUUCUACGAAAUAAAGAGCCACGUAGAACCAUUCUGCAUUACACUAUCCAUUCGCAUUGAAGUUUUAAUAUAAAACUGUAUAAACUACAGAUUUUAUUUAAUGUUUUGACAUUUAAGGUAAAGUGUGGUUGAUUGAGUACCUUUUGAAGGCUGAUAAGAGGUGAUGCCGGUACAAGAACACGUCAAAACUACACAGUACUCCGGACCGACUACGGGCUGUGAGGGGAGCCCCGUUUCCAUGGCAACGAGACGUUGCGCGCGCAGCCCCGCCGCUCAUAUCCCGCUGUCAAAUUUAUUUACGUAUUUGUCAAACUUUUUCAACGCGUCCCCAGAUUUUGGAAAUAUCAGUUGUUGUAUUUACUUUUAAUUUGUUUAAUUUUAUUUUGCGAGUUUACGAUGGCGCCAAAGAAGCAGAAGGAGGUGACGGCCAAGUCGCGAGGGAAUCUUGUGGAAGAUGACAACCUCGACUGGCUCAAACCGCGCACCCUAGUCAAGCCAGACGACCAGGAAGAUGUUCCAGAAGCAGAUCUUGAAGAGGAAGUAGGUCGCAUUUUGACGACGAUUAAUCCUCAAUGGGUGGCUGAUCGAGUGGCCUACCACUAUGGGCAAGGAAAGUUUGUGGUAACACCGAGACCCACCUUUGGGAAGGCAUACCCUCUCUUCAUAUACCAAGGCACGGCUAUACGCAAGGAUUCUGACGAAGCUAAGGCACAAAUCGCCGCGGGCUAUGGUAUGGUGGGCUUCGAUGAUGCCGGACCGAAACGUGCGAAGGUCAAGAAGUCAACUGCAGAAGAAGAGGAAGAGGAGGAACCGGAACCUGAACCAGGAGGAGCUGAAGAAGCAAGGCCAGAUGAGGAUAUGGCGGGAGAAGAAGAGAGACCUGAAGGAGAUGAACCAGAACCUGUCGCUGAGGAUGCUGCGGCGGAAACCGCUCCCACUGAAGGCGAGCCAGCAGCUGGCGACGAGGAAGAAGGAAAGGAAGAAGAUGAGAAAGGGCCGGAGGAGGGUGCGUUUAUGGAUGAAGUCAUUGACAUCAAGCCCAGGAUCAAGAAGCUGGCCAACCAGUUCAACUUCUGCGAGAGAGCCGCCCUCACCUACAACUACCCGAGACGGUCGGUGGAUACGCAGACCGUGCCGCCGCCGCGAGCCAACUUCGGUGCGACGGCGUUACAAUGCAUUAUAUUCGACUUCUACCAAGAGGACUACACGAGGAAGAUGAAGGAAAAGGAGGAGGAGAGACCUAAAAGAUUGAGGAAGAAGAAAGCAAAACACGUAAAGACUGAGCAGCAGAUCCAUGAUGAGAAGCUGGCACAGAGGAUCCGAGAAGCGUGGGCCAUCCUCGAGAGGCUUGUCAACCAAAACAUAUACGAUGAUAUCGCCCAAGACUACCGUUACUGGGACGACCCAUCGGAUGAGUUCCGUGAGGGCAUGGGCUCCUUGCUGCCUCUCUGGAAGUUCCAGUUCGAGCCGAUGAGGUGCCACGCGGUCUGUGACGUGCAGUGGAAUCCUCACUACCAAGAUCUUUUUGCGGUAGCCUAUGGAUCAUUGGACUUCACAAACCAGCAGAAGAUAGGCUGCCUGUGCCUGUACAGCAUCAAGAACCCCGCGUACCCGGAGUACUCGGUGAUCACGGAGUCUCCCGUCAUAUGUCUCGAUGUCUAUACGGAUAUACCUUACCUUAUAUGUGUCGGACUCUACGAUGGUAACGUGUGUGUAUACAACGCCCAACUGACCCUGGAGUCGUCUUACCAGUACAAAUCGGAUUCCGUUCGGGACAAACACUGCAACAUCGUGUGGGAGAUACGCUGGGGCCCUCGUCUGAUCGACGGCGAGCCAUCAUUCUUCUCGAUCUCGGGCGACGGACGCGUGGUGCAGUGGGCGGUGAUGCCGGGAGAGCUGCAGGCCACAACCAUCAUCACACUCACCUCCAACGUGCCGCCAAUCCCCGGACCUGAUGGCACCAUGCUCACUGUUAACAGCUGCGGCAGCUGCAUCUGCUUCCACCCCGACAAGCCGGAGAUCUUCAUGGUGGGCACGGAGGACGGCAUGAUCCACACGUGCUCGCUCAAGUACAACAGGAACUACGUGCGCUCCGUGCAGGGUCAUCACAUGCCCGUCUACAGGAUCCACUACAACUGCUAUAACAACAGCAUCUACGCGAGCUGUUCCGGUGACUGGCGCGUCAAGAUAUGGGAGGAUGGGAGAGAUGAGCCUCUCUUUAUGUUCGAGCUGGGAUCACCCGUGGGCGAUGUGAAGUGGGCUCCAUACUCGAGCACUGUGUUCGCCGCCUGCACUGCCGAUGGAAAGGUGUACGUGUUUGACUUGAACGUGGACAAGUAUCGUCCGAUCUGCGUGCAGGCUGUGGUGUCCAAGAAGACCAAGAAGCUGACCAGGGUCGACUUCAAUGUGAAACUGCCUGUUAUAGUCUGUGGGGACACCAAAGGUACCUGUCAUGUUUUGAAAUUGUCGCCCAAUUUACGAGUUAUGUGCAAACCACCGAAAAAAGCUCAAGGAAUUGAUCAGCGAACGUUGCAGAUUUUGAAAUUAGACAAGCUGCUGAGCUUAGUCCGGGACCCGCCAUUCGAGACUGGCGUGGUAGACGAGAAAUUUGAGGACGAUUGAAAAUUUACCAACUGACGCUGCGACCCCAAGAAUUGUUAUUGUAAUUCUUAAUAUUAGUUUAAUAUAAAUAAAAGACAUUUUUACUCA